AUGGACUGGGAAGACCCAGACACAGCCACUGACACGUCGGUGUUGUCCGCGGUAGGGCCAUGCAGGAUUCAGUUGAAGAAUGUCACCAAAGUCACCAAGUUUACACUGCUGGGCUUCACAGAUGACUUUGAGCUUCAAGUCUACCUUUUUUUGCUAUUUUUUGCAAUUUAUGUUUUUACUUUGCUGGGAAAUUUGGGGCUGGUUUUAUUAGUCACAGCAGAUGCCCAACUUCACAAUCCGAUGUACUAUUUUCUGUGCAUGUUAUCCAUCUUGGAUGCCUGCUAUUCUUCAGUUGUUGCUCCAAAAAUGUUGGUCAAUUUUCUGACAGACAGUAAAGCCAUUUCAUUCAUUGGAUGUGCAACACAGAUGCUGCUCUUUGUCACUUUUGGGACCACAGAAAGCUUUCUCUUGGCGGCAAUGGCAUAUGAUCGCUAUGUAGCAAUCUACAACCCACUUCUGUAUUCAAUUAACAUGUCACCCAGAGUCUAUGUGCCACUCAUCACUGCUUCAUAUGUUGGUGGUAUUGUGCAUGGUACUUUACACACAGUUGCGACUUUUAGCCUCUCGUUCUGGGCAUCCAAUGAAAUUAGACAUGUCUUUUGUGAUAUCCCUCCACUCCUUGCUCUCUCCUGUUCUGACACUCACAUCAACCAGCUUCUGCUCUUCUACUUUGUGGAUUCUAUUAAGGUAUUCACCAUUCUGAUUCUCCUGAUCUCCUAUGGCUUCAUUCUGUUGGCCAUUCUGAGGAUGCACACUCCUGAAGGGAGGCAAAAAGUCUUUUCCACUUGUGGUUCUCACUUAACUGGAGUGGCAGUUUACCAUGGAGCAAUCCUCUUCACGUAUAUGAGACCAAGUUCCAGCUAUGCUUUAGACCAUGACAUGAUAGUGUCUGUAUUCUACACCACUGUGAUUCCCAUGCUGAAUCCCAUCAUCCACAGUUUGAGGAACAAAGAUGUAAAAGAAGCAAUGAAAAAAGUGUUUGAGAGAAAUUGGUUUGUAAAGUACAUUUGUAGCAUUAAGUAAAACCGAAAAGAAUGUUGGAUGUUAGUCCCUAUUUCUACUCAAAACUAUCGAAGAAAAUGUCUUGCUUGUAGUUAAUAGUGUCUGUAUGUCCUAGAGCAUUUUCAAAUAAACCAUUAAUUAAUCUUUCAAUGCAGAAUUUUACAAGUGCAAAUAAAUUUUACCUCUAUAUACCUAUGGUUGUAUUCAAAAUGAUCCAUAUUAA